AUGGAUUGGUUGGAUUUGGCUGCUAAGGAGACAGACAGCAGCAACCAGGAUAGCACAGCCGAGUUGUCGUCUUGGCGGAGGCAGGUCGCUGGACGAGAAAAGCGGCACAACACGGGACAGAGAAGAGGUAUCGAAUAUAUAGGUGUAAACAGGUAUGGGGUAGAGAGAAAUAAGAAGAGAAGAUGGAAGAUGAGGAUGGAGAUAGAGGAGAGAUGUGAAGGAGAAGAGAAUCGGAGAGAAGAAAAAGAAGAGGAGGGAGACAACGACGACGACGACGACGACGACGACGAGGAUGAGGAUGAGGAGGAGGAGGAGGAGGAGAAAGCGAAAGAAGAAGAAGAAAGGGAGGAGGAGGAGGUGAGGAUGAUGCAGACAGACAGACAAGACAGAAACACUGUAUUGCGAUUACAGUUGUUAUUACAGACCCUUAACGCGUAUGCCUGGCGUCGACCGGUGGUGGGUGUGGUGUGGCACGCCUCAUACAAUCCAAUUACAGUACAUAUAGUAUAA